AACUUUUCAGUGCGAAUCCAAUGCGUUAUAUUUACUAGGACGUAUUCCGCGGCGUUGGCACGCCAACCCGUUUAUAUCCUCUUCUUGACAUAUUUUAGCACACCUUGUUCGUAGACACUGAAUCAAGUGUCUUUGUCGUCUACACUCAAACUUUUCUUUUAAUGUCUACAUCCAUCCGUGCCAAAACUUGUUGUGGUAAGCAGUCCACUGCUGCUGCUCAUCAGACCAUUCGCCAGGCUGCCAAUGGAUACCGUCCAAACAUUUUGCUUGAUUUGCUGCGUUCAACCUUCAACUUGCAAGGCGCUUAGCAUUUUCGUAUGAAUGGACGAUUUUUCGUUACUGCUCCUCGUUACUUGGAAUUAUGAUUUCGAAGCGACUGCUUCGGCUCUCUUCAAUCUAUCGAGCAUCUUUUCUUCGCUCUACUGCACCAGCAUCGGUUCAAAUCAACAAGAUGGCAACCCAGGACCGCGCUGCCUCCUCGGCACCGAGACGGCCACUGGAGCCGCGUAAAUUUCUAUCCAGCGGGUUCGAGAUCAUUGACGUGUCGGUCAAGAUUGAAGAGGAAACGUUGCCAUUCUAUAAUCCGAGGCUGUUCUAUCCCGUCCGUAUUGGCGAAGUCUUCGGCAACCGAUAUCAGGUCGUUGCGAAGCUUGGUUAUGGCACAACCUCGACAACGUGGCUUUGCCAUGAUCUCUUGGAUCAAAGAUAUGUGACAUCAAAGGUGCAUAUUAAUGCUCUAACGUCGAACCGAGAGCUGGAGAUCUAUCAGUUUCUGAACGGCGUCGAGUCAGAUCACCCAGGCCGUGAGAUGAUUCGAAUGCUCGAGGAUCAUUUCAAGCUCCAAGGUCCAUACGGAGCGCAUGAAACCUUUAUCUUGCCUCCACUUGGUCUGAGUCUCAGGGCUUUCCAAGACAUGAUGCCGGGCCAUAUCUUCGCUCAGCCAAUCGUAGUGAUAGCCCUUCAGCGAGUCCUGGCUGCUCUCGACUUCCUUCACGGCCCUGCAAAUCUUACCCAUACUGAUAUCCAUGCGGGCAAUCUCCUCAUCAGUAUUGACGAUAUGUCGCAGCUUGCUGAAUUUGAGGAGGCUGAACUCGUUAGACCAUCAUCGAGAAAAAUGAUCGACGGUAUCACAAUUCAUGUUUCUCAAUUCUUAUUAGAAAGCUUUGGUCCACUCUACCUUUGCGACUUUGGCGAGGCUCGUAUUGGGAACCAGCAUGAGGGAAUUGCUAUGCCUACUCAGUAUCGAGCGCCAGAGAUCAUUCUCGGCAUGUCCUGGGGGCACUCAGUAGACAUGUGGAGUGUUGGACUCCUCGCCUGGGAUCUCCUCGAACGGGAAAGUCUAUUCCAUCUCUAUGAUGCUAAUGACCCAGCACGGAAUGAAGCGCAUCAUCUGGCCAAUAUGAUUGCCCUCCUUGGUCCCCCGCCAGUGGAAUUCCUACAGAGGAGCUCAAAAUCACACGAAUACUGGGACAAGAAUGGUAAGGCCAAUACACUUUAUGUCGCUAUAUACGAAGCCGAUAACUUAUCUUCUCUUAGGCAAUUGGAGAGGCAUCGUUCCUAUACCCACGGGGAGGGAUUUUGAGUCCCUCGCAACAUCAUUGGAAAAAGGUAAAGAUAGAGACGAGUUUCUCGAUCUUGUUCGAGGAUUGCUCCACUGGCUUCCAGAAGAGCGACUCAACUCCUACGAGGCGUUCUCGCAUGCCUGGGUCUCGGAGUCUUGAAAUGUUUAGAAGGUGGAAGGCUGUAACAUCCGAGCGUGGUGGAAGCUACGAAGUAUUCAAUACUCGUCCGCUGUUGGAAAAUACCAUACAGUAAUGUACCGAGGACGUCCAUCUGAUGCCCGGGCCUAUAAUUCCAAGAUGGGGAGAAGAUGGCGGGAAAAAGUGUGACAGGCGACAAAGGGGCCGGUUAUUUUGUCCCAGACAGAACCGCAUGAUGGGCAAGGGAGACGCAUGGCUCAGGCGCCAGCUGGCUGGGUUUAUCAUGGAUUUUCAGGUUGUAGCGUUACUUCAUGGCUGAUGAGCUGGAUGGUUGUUGUGCAGGUCACCGCAUAUCUUCUUUACUACUUUGCCUUGUAUCGUCCUCCUGUCCCUCUCAGAGUAAUCAUGACAUGUUGUUUCGAAGCGUAAUAUGUCUUCGCAAAUGACGAGAGCCGCUCCUCAGACUCAAUCGUCGAAGCUGUGAUAUCAAAGCGUGUGGUCAUCGAUUUCCAUCUCGG